AUCACCCCCCCUCCUCCAGGUCAAUGGCGCCAUUUAGCCAUGGAGGUCAAGAAUAGUGGCGCCACUAGUCACUCCUCUGCCAUCCACCACACCAUCAACACCUCCAGUUCCAUCAACCAGUGACAUUGUUUUGGGGUGUUGCUGCUGGUAAUGACAUCUCUGAAGACUUGCAGCUGCCCACAACAUGGCCUUCACCACACAGCAGCAGCAGCUGCCCACAACACGGCCUUCACCACACAGCAGCAGCAGCUGCCCACAACACGGCCUUCACCACACAGCAGCAGCAGCCGCCCACAACACGGCCUUCACCACACAGCAGCAGCAGCUGCCCACAACACGGCCUUCACCACACAGCAGCAGCAGCCGCCCACAACAUGGCCUUCACCACACAGCAGCAGCAGCUGCCCAUAACAUGGCCUUCACCACACAGCAGCAGCAGCUGCCCACAACAUGGCCUUCACCACACAGCAGCAGCAGCUGCCCACAACAUGGCCUUCACCACACAGCAGCAGCAGCUGCCCAUAACAUGGCCUUCACCACACAGCAGCAGCAGCUGCCCACAACACGGCCUUCACCACACAGCAGCAGCAGCUGCCCACAACACGGCCUUCACCACACAGCAGCAGCCGCCCACAACAUGGCCUUCACCACACAGCAGCAGCAGCUGCCCACAACAUGGCCUUCACCACACAGCAGCUGCCCACAACACGGCCUUCACCACACAGCAGCAGCCGCCCACAACAUGGCCUUCACCACACAGCAGCAGCAGCUGCCCACAACACGGCCUUCACCACACAGCAGCAGCCGCCCACAACAUGGCCUUCACCACACAGCAGCAGCUGCCCACAACACGGCCUUCACCACACAGCAGCAGCUGCCCACAACAUGGCCUUCACCAUACAGCAGCAGCUGCCCACAACAUGGGGAAUAUCUUCAACCUACAAGAAGUUCGAGAAACAUUAUAUUAUAUUUUAAUAAGUUGUAUUUAUCACAGCAAAGAAAGGUUCAAGGAAAACAAAAGAAAUUGAGAAGCCUCAACUGCUGUAUUUGUCAGCAGGACGACAACAUUCACACAAUUCGGGAGCUUUAA